UGAUAGACAGAAUGCAGCGCUGGCUGCAAUAAGCAGACAUGUAUGUAGAGCGGGGGGUAAGCUCUAGUGACGGGAAGUGAAAGCCGUGAUCCGGAGAGAUUUGGGUCUCUAUUGGUGUGUAGUUUGGCGCCAGAAGGCUGAGGUAAAGUGCGGUGUGUGGACUGUGGAGGGUCCGCGGUGACUGAGCGAGGUGUCCCGGCCUUUCAGCCCUGGAUCGGGAGAUGAAGAAUAAAGUGUAAAUCCAGCAUGCCCAAAAAACCAACCUAUCCUUUGCCACGAUCAGAAUGCCUGUGUGCCAUUUGUCGGGAGGUUUUUCUGGAGCCGGUGACGCUGCCAUGCAGUCAUACUUUGUGCCAUCCCUGUUUCCAGAAGACUGUGGAGCAAGCUAGCCUGUGCUGCCCUUUUUGUAGGCUUCGAGUUUCCACCUGGGCCCGUCACAGUGCCCGCUCAGGAACACUAAUCAACAAGGAACUUUGGGCGAUCAUUCAGCGUCAGUAUCCAGAGGAGUGCAAUCGCCGUGUUUGUGGACUAGACACUGAAGAAGAUGAAUUUGAAGAUGACUUUACACCUCAUCCAGAUCGAAAACUGUGCCGACCAGGAGAAAUCAGAGAAGAAUAUGAAGCUGAAAUAAGUAAGAUUGAAGCUGAGCGGCUUAGGAUAGAAGAGGAAGAACGGAAGGCAAGUGAAGACUACAUUCAGAAGCUUUUAGCAGAGGAGGAGGCAGAGCAGCAAUGGUCUCUAGAACGCACACAAAGGGAUUUGGAAGAACAGAUGAAGAAAGAUGAGGAGCUUGCCAGGAUUCUCAGCAGUGACAUGAAUGAGUCCACUUCAUCAUCUGUCCAAAUAUCCCCAGUGGAGUCACCUGUAAUCCUCAAGAAGACUGUCGCUAUAAAGUCUUGUAAACGUAUGAAAAGCAACAGGACACAGUCUGGAGACAUUCAGAGGUUUCUGUCACCCACAUCAGUGAAGAUUUUUGGUACUAACGGAUCUACUCAUUUUAGAAAUGGGGAACUUCAGAACAGGAAUACUGGUGCUGAAAAUGGUAUAGCUUUGCUGGAAGAAUCAGAUGAUGAUGAUGAUGCAAUGCCUAUACUCUCCCCUCAUUCAUCUUUUACUCCUAGUCCUAUAGAAGUAUCUGAUACAGAGAUUCAACUACCUGGUCUGACUAAAUACUCUCCUACCAGAAAUGCAUUACACACAGAAUGGUCAUCAAGGAACACAUAUUUAGGGCAAAUGGUAACUGAGGCUCGCCUAUCCAUGACUAGUGCACAUUUAUCACCUCCCAGGUGUUCCAGUUCUAUGGAUAGUAGUAGGAAAUGGCAAAAGCCACAAUAUCUUGAUGCCACCAGUAUGCCUGAGCAUUCGAAUAAACUAUCGCCUAAAAGAACUCUUGAUUUAUAUGGAGACACUGAGUAUCAUCCAAGAGAGAAGAGGCCUUGUCUGGAGAACAGCACAGCAACUGGAUAUCACACAGAAAAGUUAAUGGAACUGGAAGAAACUCUCCAUGAGAAGAAACUGCAGGAAGAACAGGACCGGAUUCUCGCACUAAAACUACAGAAGCUCUUAAACAAGGAGGUGAUAAAAGUCAGCAGACAGAAGGGUUCCCCAGAUGAGUACAAAUUGCGGCCAAAAAGAACACCUCCACAGCAGAAGCCAUCGGAGUCUGCAUCACCCAAAAGGACUGCUUCAGAGUGCAGUAUGGAUCAAAGCAGUUCUAAGAGCUCUGAAAGUGGGGAAUCCUCUGAUGAAAAUAAAAAACCUGCCCCAAAAAAGCAUGCACAAUCUUUUCCACCUAGAGAUGGGACAAGUAAAACUUCUGAACAGCCCUCAUUGCCUAAUGGGGUAAAAAUCCUGAAGCCAAGUAACAAGCAGCAAACCAUACUGGACAUGUUUCAAAGAGCUUCAAGAAAGUAGUUUCAAUAAGAGCUUCAUAUUUGCUUAAAGAUGAAUUAGACAUUACAGCUUGGACCAAUGGAAGCUCAAUGUAAACAUUGCCAUACCUGCAUUUUGGCUUUAGGCCUCUUGUACACGGUACUGAUGUUUGAACGUCUGCAUUUUUGGAUGUAAUCCCAGGCCUGUAUGUUGUGUUCGCAAGCGCAUAUUUGCGCGUUCUAGCUCCCGGAAUGUUGUGUAAACUAUUGUCGCGUAAGCGUUUACCGGCACAAAAUUCUGACAGGGAAUGCAGAUUUUUAUGUUCUUUUUUUUUUUUAUGAAUUCGCAGUGCUUGUUUACACACCUGUGUGUACAGCCAUAUUGUAAACAUUGGGCUACAUUUUUGAUCCAUAAGAAAAAAAACUGUACUGAGCAUUUUCAAGCUGCAGUGUGCAAGUGGCCUUAGGGAUCGAUCUUCCCAUAAGGUUAUAUGUGCUGUUAAUGUUUUUUGUGCAUGUUAUUUACAUUCAAAAGCCAUGAAAAAGGGCUGCUAGGUUCGGUAGUAGUUUUAUUUUAGACUGCUUAUGCAAACUAUUACAUACAAUAACGCUGUUUACAAUUAAUGAAUGCACUUCCAGUUAAUGAUAGCUAAUUGCCUGUUACUAGCUGCAGCACCACAUUUAAAUGUGCAGGUCUACUGUUUUCACCAAUCUGUCCCACAAUGCUGCACGUUUUGCCACUUGCCAAUUAAAGCUCCUUGUAUUUUUAGGAGAUAUAGCCCUGGUUCAGACUGCACGCCGCAUGUGAUUUGCACCUUCAUUCAUUUUAAAUGACUCUCUUCACACUGCAUCCUUUAAAAAAAAAAAAAAAGGUUCAGGCGGCUUUUUUUGUUUGCACUGGAACUGGAUCGCAUGGGUGCUUGCACCCAUACAAUCCAGUUCAGGCAAACACACUGCGUUUCACAGUGUGAUUGCUUUGCAGUGCAUAAAUUGCUGCAUUUCCUGCACUGCGUCAGUGUGAACCAGGGCUUAAUGACUGCAGGCAGCAAUGUGCAGCGCUACUGCAGAUGUAAAGUGAAAUUUGCUUACUUGGUAGGGCUUGCUGAAUUUUUUCACAUACAGUAAUCGACUUGUUUUUUUUUAUGAAUUAAAGCGGACCUUGCACUAAAAAGUAAUGUCCUCAUAUUUGUUUUCCCCCACCCCCUGUUUGCAAAACACUGCAUUACUCCAUUUAGUUCUGGAAUGCAGCAUUAUGAAAAAAGGAAGUUGGGGGGGGAAUAGCCACAUAGGUGGACCUUGCCUUCUAAUGCAGGGUCUGCUUUAAAUAAGUCUUGUGUGCAUAAGUAGUGUAAAUAUUUGCCAGCACACCACGGAUCUUCAAAUGAAGUCCAAACAAUGUUUAAUUGCAGCAUGAUCACAUUGCAAGCUAGAAAGUGCAAUGUUCGAGACGUGAAGAACCCGGUUCAUCAGGCAUGUGUCAUGCCUAGCUCCGAAAGCUUGCACUAUUUUCUUGUGAUGUGAUCGUGCUUCAACAAAUCAUUGUUUGGACUGAACUUGAAGAUCCGUGGUGUGCUGGCAAAUAUUUACACUGCAUUAUGUAUGUUCCAGUUUUCUAGCGGUUGCCACAGCACCUGUUGUGUUAUUCCAGUAUUGUGUGCGAUGCAAAUAUGGAUGGUUACAUGUGUGCAUAACUGCCUCAAAGUGCUAUCAUAUUUCAGGCACAAGUGAAAAGUUUCAUGUGUUCAAGCCACCUACUGGUUCUCAAAAAUACUUUUUUGAAUAGAUAUAUUUUUUCAGAAAUAAUAUAACCAAUAAAUUCUUCUGUGUGUAUAUAGAACUGUAAUUGAAUAGACAUAAUUUUUCUUCUGUUGCCUAGUUCUGUUUUUAUGGUUUAUUAAGGCCUAGUGCAAAUUAGUUUUAUGAGUCAACUGUACUCUGUUAUAUGAGUUAGAUUAUGCAGUUAGGCAAUUAAAUGUUACUUUUCACUUC